ACAUACACUAGAACUCUAAAAUGGCGGCCAUGUUUGUUGUGCUUUAACUAUGUUGUCUACUCUAAAACGACAGUGUUUCACACCAGACGACAUGUAAAGAGUCUAUAGCCUUUUAUGGAUGUACGUAAAUAUUUGUAUAUUACUAGGCGUAUUAUUUGGUGUUAAUCCUGUCAUUUCUUGAAUUUUUAUAAUUAUUUUAUCCACUAAACGGAAUAGGAGCUGAAUUUUCAACAAUGUUUGCAUGUUUAGUGGCGGGUAUUGUGUAGAAAGAUAGCAUAUGAUGGAUUAUUUCUAAAAAAAAUGUGUUUACAAACAUGCAUUUUCACACUUGCAAUACAUUUUUCAACAGAAAUUGUUAUUGUGUCGUGGUUGGAUCAAAUCUAACACGUGAUAUAAGCAGGAAUGCGCGUUCACAAUGCAAGAAAUACAGGCAUCUUAUUCAUGGGCGCCAUCUUGAAAAGUCUCAAACUUUUUCAGACAUGAGCGAGGUCUUUACGUUUAUGACAAGUUUCGAUCUGUUGAAUAGUGUUUAUUGUUUUGGGUCUGUUUCUGAACAUUCCAAAGACACAUUUAUUGAUUAUUUUACUUUUUUACAAGUGCUGUAUGGCUGUUAUAAUUUUUCGUAACCUCAUGUCUUGUAAGGUGUUGAAAAAAAUGGGGAAAAUAUCUUGAUCAAACCUUGCAUUUUUCUAAAUGAAUAAUUCCAGAUUAUUUGCAGAUUUCCCCAUUUUAUUAAUCAUAAUUUACAUUUUCAAAAGUUCCUCUUUGCAUAAACAUUUUCCAAGGGAUUUUAACAUCAUUAAUUUUAUCAACAAUAUUAUGAGAAAUGUCUUAAUUUCAUCAAAAUAUUUCAAGGUGUAUUUAGCUGCAAGUAAAAAAUCUUUAUUUCAGGACUUGAUUUCACCAAUAAUUGAAUGUGUUUCAACAUAAAUUUUAUAGUAUUAAAGAGUAUUUGUUAGUGACUUUCAUUUGACCUUAAUUUUAAAAAAAUCCAUUGGGGACCCAUUUGAGCAAUUUUUACUUAAAAUACAUAGGCGCUAGAGUGUUUUAAAAAUUAUUCUUUUUUAAAAAAAAACAAUCUUUUAAAAAUAAUUUGGACGAUUUGAAUUUUUGAAUUGCUUAAAUAAUGUAUUUUCACAUUCUUUCUUGUUGCUUGUUACUGCAAUGUCGGCCUUACUAAGUAGACAUGUAACUUAAACAUCAUUUUCUGUCACUUGAAAUGUGCCAAUCUUUGAUUAAAUCAAUGAUUAAGUCAGAGCUUUUUGAAAAUACAUCAAUGGUAAAGAAACAUGUUUAAUCCUUCACUUUCUCAUCUGAAGAAUUCUUCACUGGUAGAGAAAGAUUUAAGAUUUUCUAAUACUCUUAAAAGUUAUUGGGCAUAAAAUUUAACAUAUUUGUAUGUUAAUCUGCGCAGAUGUUACAUCCCAAAAGGUAGUUUAUUGAAUUAAAUGUAAAGGUCUACAUUUUACAAUAGCAAAAAAGAAUCAUAUAUUGAUCGUAUUUAUGUUGCAGAUGUUAGAUAAAAAUAUGUAACUGAUAGAAAUUGCAUAUACCAUUAUGUGUAAGAAGGCCUGCCAUUCAAAAUUCAAUGUUUUUUCUUUAAGGAAUCUGCCAAUGAUCAAAAUUUUAUGGCAUAAUUGAAUGUGUUUCAUCCUAAACUUAACAUUAUUCCAUUCCAUACAUUAUAAGAAGUAAAAUAAAUAUAUUUUAUACAAUUUAUGAAGGGGACCCAUUUUUGCUAUUUUCCUGCAAAGUUAGAACUUAGAAUUUGAAAAAAGUUUACGCUAAUGUGAAUAUCUAUAGAUAGUGUGGUGAAAGUUUAUUAUUUCAUUGUUUGAAUCAUUAUAUUUUGAGACCAUAUGCAUUACAUUUAAAAUACAUAUGUAUGUUUUACAAUCUUAUUGUAAUUUAAAAGAAAAUUCCCCCCAAAACACUUAGCUUCACAGUGGCGGUGAAGAACUUUACAUGUUUAUGUAUAAUUUUUGCUGUCAUUUUCAAUAUUUAUUUUCUGUUGUAGGGUUUUUAAUUUAAUAAUUUUUAAUCAUGUGGUAAAGAAUGAGAAUUGUUAGUGCCCUUAAAUUAUUUGAUACGUUUUCUUAGAAAUUCCUUUGCUUAUCACCUUCAUGAAGAAGUUGAAUUUUUAAUAUAUUAUAUGAAGCAACGAUGAAGUUUUUUUUUUACAUGAAGUACACUAAAAUAAAAUUAAUGCAGAAAAGAUCUUACAGCUUUUUCUUUAAUUGUAUCAUUUAGGUAGGGUUAUCCUCACUACCUGAUCUAACUACCCCCUUAUUUGGGCCUAGCGGUAGCAAGAGCAAGGCUAGUGACAGUUUAGAAACGGAGCAACAGUCCCACUUACUAGGCAAUGGCCAUGCUGACUCGAUGUCUGAAUCAAGGUAGUGAUAUUUUAUUUGUUAAUUUGAGUGUUUUGAUUCGUUUAAGGGAAAAAUAAAUUUAUAUACUUAUAUUAAAGUAGCAAUUGUAUGAAGUUUAUUAAAAUUAAUUGGAAAUAUAUAUAAUAUAUAUGUUUUUUUCCAUUAAUAGUUUUGUUCAUCUAAAAUAAGUCACCAUUUUAAAAUGUUCUAAUUUGUUAAGUGGUUCUUUUAAAGACCCUUUUAUAAGACACACCAAUUCUUUGUUUUAAAUUAUUGAUCAUUACUAUCAGACUUAAACAUUAAUAAAUGGGAAGGAAUCUACUUUAUUUUACCCUUGCUUUAAGGAUAUUACAACAAGAUAACACAUUGGUUGAAAAUCCAAGGUUUUGAAUUGCUUGGAAAAAUAUCCUUAAUUCCUUUUUCACUUUUAUAUGGGUAUCAGUUGCCAACUUAGCUGUGUCAACUGAAGUGCCUGAUUAUUCAGCCAUCAAAGGUGCGCUUUGUGUUCCCGGUAAUGAAUAACUAACCAAUCUAUUUUUCUCUAUUCAUUUUAUCAAUGGUUUGAGUCCCGAAAUUGAAUUUUGUUUAGAUGCUCUUAUUUUUUAUUGGUUCAUAAAUAAAUUGUACCGAGUAUAAAACUUUUAAUUUUAUAAAUCAUAGAUAUGUUAAAUUAUUAUGGGAUUUAUUUAAGUUAAUAUUGAGAAUAUUUUAAUGUCAUGUUAUGCAUAAGAGCAGUUCUCCACCAUUUUAAUGCAGAGACCCCUUGAUAACAUUUGCCAAGUUUUGAUGACUUUACUUAGAAAUUGAGAAGUUAAUGUGUGUGUGGGGUGGGGUAAUGAUUUUUAUUUACUUAUCAAUAUAUUUAUAACUUAUACUUUUAAUUGCUAGUUUAUACCUGCUAAUCUUGCAUUUUUGUUUCAUAAUUAAAAGCAUGAUCAUCUCACAACAAAGUAUUUGGUACUACUCUUUUGACUUUUAAACAAAUAAAUUAUUUUUGUAAUUAUUUUUUUCAUAUAAAACCAGUGAAUUGUUAACUUAAAUAAACUUUUGUGGGCCUAUUGCACUAAGGACAUCUAAAAGAAAAAUCCAAAAGAAUUUCAGUGGGAGUUAACUUAGAAGUUUUACCAUUAAAAAAAAUUUGAAUAAAAUCCAUUUAUAAUGUAGUUUUUAAAAAAAUGUACAGAAAUCGUCAAAAUUCAAUUAAUAAUUGAUACCAACAGAAUAAAUCAGUUUUUAAUGCAGCUGUGGUGUAGAGAUAAUAAAAAACAUACCUGAUUCCUAUAAAAAAAUAUAUUUAAAAUGAAAUGGAGUAAUAGUGAAUUUUUUUUAAAAAGCAUUCAUACAAAAAUUCAGAAGUAUCAAGUGACACAAGGCAUUUUAUCAGACUGAGAACCACUGGUGCAGAACUAAAAUUUGGAAAAUGAAAUGUUAUGAUUCAAAAUGUUCAAGUUAUAGGCUUAAGAAUUAUUUUGUUCUGCUUUUAAUAGCAGCACUUCUGUAUCAAAUUUGAGCUUUCUUUCUUUAAAAUUAUAUGUUAUGUCUUUUAAAAUAUAAAUUACUUUCUUUAUUUUUCUCUAGUGACUCGAGUUCUCAUUCUGACUCAGAUGCGGAGACUGAAGAUGUGAAAAAUAAAAACAUUUCCUCAUCAGAGGAGGAAACUGAACUUCCUAAACAAAUUCAGUUAACAGAUGAUGAUGAGGAUGAUGAUGAUGAAGAAGAUAAAAAAUCGAAAGACUCUGGUUCUGAUGACAAUGUUGACUCUGAAAAAAAUGAUUCUCACUCCGAAUCUGGUGAAGAGAAAAAGGAUUCUAAUUCUGAAGCUAAUUCUUCUGAUGAUGAGGAUGAUGAAAACAAGAAAGGGGAGCAGACUAAAAAUAAAAAGUCUAGUAUUAAAAGAGCCCUCUUUGACACAGAUUCCCAGGACACUUUUGAUAAUGAGACAACGCGCAGUAGCAGUGGAAGAAGAGUCACUGCUAUCAGAGAAUUAAAAGAUGUAUGUAGAUUGUGUAGCUAUAAUUCAUUUAUUUAUAAUUAUUUAUUUUUAAAAAAAAUAAACUUGGUAUAUUAUAUUUAGUUGUUCACUGCUAUUUAAAUUUUUAUUUCCAAUACAUUUGAACAGAUUAUUGAGGUGAAUUAUUAAAAUGCAUUUCUCUGAGGCAUAAGAUUAAUUAUUUCUCUAAAGAGAAUAUGGUCUCCUAUUUGCUGGUUAGGUAGGUGUUGAUGGAAUAUUUAACAUUUGAUGAAUUAGACAACUUCUUAUUAUGCUGAAAUUUUACUUGCGUUAAUGCUAAUAGCUUCAACUAUAAUGUGGCUAAGUUUUUUCUUUGCUUUUUUUAUACCUCUAUAAAAUAAUUUUAAUUUAAAGCUGAAAAUUUAAAUAUAUAUGCUGUCAUACAUUCCAUUAUAAGAUGCAUAAAUUAAUAAUGGCUCGGUGGGAAAUAGUAUAAAAAAUGUGAUGGUGUUUAAGAAUUAUUACUUUUACCCUUCAGAAACAAAGUAAUUAGCAAAUACAAAUUUCGUUUAUUUUUUUUAAAAUUAUGGUGAGAAGAAAGACCAAGUUUAAUGCCAAAUGUAAGGCUGUCUGCUAACAAAUCUAUCGAAUUCAUUUGUUCUAAUGUAUAGUGUCUAGUUCUUUAUUCUUUUGUAUUAGAUUGAAACAUAGUAAAAAAAAUGUAUGCAUUAAUUUAAGUUUAUGAAGUGACUGAUCAACUUAAAAAUGUCUUUGAAUUAACACCCCCACCCGCAAUAGUUUAAUUGGUUUAAGAGUUUUUAUAUAUAUAUUAUAUAUAUAUAUUGUGUAAGAGGUAGUUAACCUCUUGAUAAUACAACUAUUUAUAUAAAUAUUGUAUAUGCUAAGUUGAAUGGUUAAAAUUGGAUGGACUAUUGAUCUCCUGGUAAAACUUUAUAUGCCUAUAAUUGUGAGGUUUCUUAAUAAAUGUGAUUACAAUGCAACAGUUACUUGCUGUUUGUACACAUUUUAAAUAACUCUGAUUCUAAAAAAAAAUUAAUUUACAUUUUGAACUGAAGAUGACAUUCUACAGGUUUUUAUAUUUUAUUGUUUAGGGGCAUGCAAUGAUUACAAGUGAAUUAUGGUUUCAUCAAGAUAGUUUCAUGGGGAAAAAAGCGUUGUCAUAAUUUUACAUUUUUUUCUCUCCUUUGUGAACAAAGAUGAUCAUCAGUUGUUAAAUUUAUGCACAACUUAAAGUGGAAUGAUAAUGUAUAUAUAAAAAAAAAAUAUAUAUAAAAGUUAAAAACUCUACUUACUCCACUUCCCAUUUCUCAUAUCUAUUCUAUUGAACAAACAUUCAUGUUGAGCAAAAUGACACAGAUUUAUGGUAUAACCUUAGUUGCACAACUCAAGACACAAUUAUUAACUUGUUUUGUUGCUGCAUUUACUUUGUUCAGUAAUAAAAAUUAUAAAUUUUAAUUCUGUGUCUUAUCCAAAUAACGCUUUGCAGAAUCAUUGUGACAUUUUAACUUAAAGAGAGAUACAUGUACUUAAAAUGUUGAAUUUCUUUAUUUGAAUUCCUGAAGCAUAUUGCCUGAAAUUAAAAAAAAAAAAACUACACAUGCGUAAUUGGGACACUUAUUUAUUAUGAUGAUAGUGGUAAAUGAUGAUUUAUGCCUUGUUACAAAUAAUUUUCAUAAUCAAUACUUAUAGCAUAAUUUCAUGAGUGUUUUAAAGCUCAAGAUGUUACCGAUAGAUUUUUGUUUUUUAAAAGGAUUUAUAAUUUCAGAAAAAUAAGAUUAUUAAUAUGUCCGCUUUUAAAUACUGGUAAAGUAUUUUGUUUUUAAGCUUGUGGCAGGAAAAGAAAAAGUCCUCAUUGAAAUAAUUUGACAGCUUGCAACAAAAUAUGUAAAAUAAUUUUCACCUUAAGCCUUGGGGGAAAAAAAUUUUAUAAGCUAGCACCCUUACAAAAUUGUCCACAUCAGUCAAUACUCAGAAUACUCACCAAUGUUUGAUAACUUUGAGCUUCAGCAAAAAUUUUUGGGAAUUUUCUCUUCUCAGGAGUGGGACCAAAAGCCUGAUUUAUAUGGAAUUCGGAGAUCUGGCAGAUCACGGAGAGAGGUGGUUCGCUAUAAUGUAGGGGUUGGUAUCCUUCCCUUUCUUUCUUCCUUCCUUCCUUUCGCUUUUUUCUAUUUUGGAGUUUCUACUAUAUUUUGUUGCUUCUCUUACCUCACCUAACUAAUAAACAUAAAUGGUUAAUGCCAUGCUAUAAAAUAGCUCUGUAGCUAAGUAAUAUUCAAGUGUGUGUAUAUGUUUAUAUAUAUAUGUGUGUGUGUGUAUAUAUAUACAAAUAAUUAUGUUAUAAUUAAAUUAAUGGGUUGAUUGCUAAUUACCGGCAAAAGAAAAUGCAUUUGGUUGAAAUUUCUUGAAAUGUAUUUUUGACAGUUGGUCCGCUUAUUGUUUAAUGUGAGGCAUAUUUUGUGACAUUGUGAUUCAACAGUCAGAAUCAAAAUGUUAGAGAAUACGCUCUCUUGGUCAGGGGCGCCACCCUAAAGGGAUUCUUGUGCCACUGUUAUCGUGAUUUUAUGUUUUGUAGAUCACAAGUAAUAUCAUAAAAAAGUAAAAUAUAUAAAUUUUUAAAAUGCUGUAAAAAAUUAUUUAUCCAUUCUUAAUGCACAUCAUGAACAUGGAAAUGUAUUUUAGUUUUUUUUUAAAUUUAAAUAAUUUGAAAUAAGUUAAUCUUUUCACUCACUUAAAAAAAUGUAUUUCUAUUUUCAUUGAAUAAAGACAGAAGAUACUGUGAUGUAUCCAUCCAGCAUCAUGGCUGAAAAAUUUAACAUGACAGCCUUAGGUUGGCCAUGCCUACUCCAGGAUUUUAUAUAUAUCCUGGGCAGUUAAAUUUGGUGAUCUGAAACCAAUUUUAUUUUAAGUAUCAUGUCACUUAAAUUUUUACAUAGUUUUGUCUGAAGCUGAAGGGGUUGAAUUUAGACAAUAGAAACAUUUUUAUAUUGUUUUUUCGGUAACUGAAAUCAAAAUCACCACAUCCUGUGAAUGCUUGAAUUUAGUAAUGAACCAAAAACUUUCAAAUGAACAAUUCCUUUUACAGAAAUAUCUUGAUGGUUAUACCCGUGACUGUUUUUCUUGCCUCGAUAUUGGUUACUGAUCUACUUUUUAAAAUUUUGCUUCCAUUUUCAGAAUAGUGAUAGUGAAGGUGAUAAGAAAAAGAGAAGAAAAAGAAGGGAGUAGGUAUUUUUUAAAUUAUGUUUGGAACAUUUUUCAAUAUUAAAAAAAAAUCUUGUGUUUUUUAAACAUUCAAUGUAUUUGCUAUGUACAGUUACGGAUGGGCUGCUUUUGUCAACAACCAGAUAGCCUAUUUUAUUUUGAUAUUGUUUUAUAGCUCACCAAUGACACAUUUUAAAUACAUGAGCAGCAUCAAAAAUGCCCAUUUUGCUUAUUAAAAGAAAAUAAGUCAUAUAAAAAUAGAGUAAUUCAACAAAAUUUUUGGGAAUUAGUUUUCUUGUUGUAGUGUAUAAAUUUCCUUUUUUCAACAGGUCAGAGGAUUGGAAAAGUCAAGAGGAUGAAGAUGAUAAUGAUGAUAGUGAUGAAGAAAGCAGUGGUAGCGCAGAUUUCAAACCGACAAGAACUGCUAAAAAGUAACACUGAGACUUUUUAAAAGUUUUAAUAGUGUCUUAGCAUUUCUCUUCAUACAAUAACAUUUAUAAGCACUUUUUCAAUAGUGGAGCAAGAUAAAUUUAGGCAUGAGGAAAAAAAAAAAAGAAGACUAUAAGGACAUUCAGUAGACAAUACAAAUCACGAGACUAAAAAUUAUUUGAAAUGUAUAUUUCCAUUAUUAUUUUCACCUUUUAUUUACUUUACGGCUUACACCUAGAUUGAUAAGAUAUAAUAAUAACUGGAAACAUACAUUGCACACUAUUUCAAUCUCAGGACUAAGCCCCCUCAACGUACAAACAAAAAAAGAAAUAGUAAAGCACAACCAAGAUUUAAAGGAAGGAGUAAAAAUUUGUCUUCAUCUGAGUCUUCCGAAGAUAGUGAUUCUUAUAGUAGACCAGUGCCACAAAGAAAAACGGCGCAAAAAAUUAGGUAAGUGUUACAUGUAAAUUAGAACAAAAUGUAUGUAGUCUGGUUUGGCUGAUCAAAAUGUAUUGAAGGAAAGCAAUAAUUUGAUUGUGGAAUAUUGAUGCAUUAUUGUCAUGGACGAUGCUGCUGAACUACUUACUUGUGACUAAAAUGGCUUUGAUUUUAAUUUAAAAGUUAAUAUACUGGUGUGUUAAAUUUUCUACUCUUAAUUCUUUUAGUUUCAAUGAAGUUCAUUGUAAACCGAAUGAUUACUUUUUAAAAACCAAUAUUUGAGUAUUAUUAUUUAUUUUUGCAAUCUAAUUGUUCUAACAUAAAGCAUCAUGACAAAAGAACAUUUACAGUUUUGUAUUUAUUAGUAUUUUCACAAAUGUUUUUAAAAAAAAUCUCUAAUUCUUUAGAUUUCAGACAGUUGCUGCCAUCUAUUUAUGUAAAUUGGAUAUUUGAAUUAAUAGUAGUUUAAAUACAUUGUUAAAUGAGAGGAAAAAUAACAUCUAUUUGCCAAAACCAGAAUAUAUCGGUAUAUAUCAAUAAAUAACAUGCUAUUGGACUUCAAAAUCUAAAUAGUAUAAUAGUAUAAAAUACUUUUCAGAAAUUGUACAUUUUAAAUCAAAAUUUUCUAAAUGGCCUUUGAAGAAAAUAGAAAUAAAUUUGUAACUUAAACUUUUAUUCUAAACAUAGGAGCAAGUAUUCUAAUCGCCCUAUCAGGUGCAAAGUUUCUAAAAAGGCUGUUAGGUAAGAUGGUGGGCUUAUCAUUUGUAUAAAAGCUUGCUGUCUAUGUAGUAGAUUUUUGCUGUUAAUUUUGCACUUGCACUGUAGAGUGUACUUUUAUUAUGGUAAAGAUACAUAUCAUGUGAAUGUCUCCCUAACAGGAUGAAUGAAAAUAAAAUAUUUUUUAAAUGGUAGAGACGUCACUUAAUGGAUUGUCUGCCAAAUUCUGACUUUUUUUAUGGACUUCAAUUUCUCAUUUAAAAGCAGAUGUUAUUUUUUUUAAAUUUUACAUCUCGUCCAACUACUUUUUCCUUUUAGCUGCAGACUCAUUACAUUGACUUUGUAGGACUAUAAAGGCUAGAUCUGUCACCGUUUUGAAAGGGCUAAAUCUUGUCUUAUAAUAUUGUAAAGAAUUUGUUAUAAUCCCUUUAAAAUUGUAAAUAUAGUAACUAAUUUACAGUCAUAAUUUUGCAAGACAUGCGCUAAUGUUAGCUGUCCAUAAUUGGUCAUAUACUUGAUGAUAAAGCUUAUGCUUACGAUACAAGCCUUUUUUUUCAUUUUGAGUUAUAAAUAUUAAGUAUAUAUUUUCAGAUAUAACAAAGGAAUUGUUUUACUUUUCAGAUAUAUUAAAUUAUAAAUAUGUACAGAAAUAGAGAAUAAUGUUAAUAAUUGCUUAACAGUCCUACAUCAUGGAUGAUUAUCAAUACAAAAUAGUCCAUAUGAUUUAUUAGCUAUUUUACCGCAGUAUUUUUAUUUGCUUUUGACAAGAAAGGCAUUCCAAUCGGUAUAUUUGUUAUCUUAAUGAUUUAAAAUGGCCUUUUUAAAAUUAAAACAAAUCUAGUUAUAUAACCACUUCUGUUUUAUCAGCCAAGUUAUUUUGAAGUCUUCCACAGAUUAUAAUAAUUUAAAUAAAAGUUGCUUUCAUACUGAUUUUAUAUGAAUAUCUAAGCAAACAAUUUAACGCUUGAAAUAUAGUUCUGAUCAACUGGUGCUUCUGAACACAAAUGUUGUAAUAGUUUUUAAAUAUUUUUUUUUAAGGUAUAAGUAUUUCUUUUUCAGGAGGAUGUAUUUGCUCAAACUGUGUUAGCCAAAUUACUAAAAAUUUAACAAUAUUUCAGUUACAAAGAAGACACAGAUGAAGCAACAGACUCAGAUGAUAUAAUUGAAGCAGCAACUCCUAUGGCUGAUGUUGAAGAAGAAAAUAGAGAGACUAUUGAAAAGGUGCUAGAAAUUAGGAGGGGUAGAAAAGGAGGUAAGAUUGAGACUUUUAUGAGUUUUAAACUAUGGAUAGCUAGAGCUAUUUAAAUAUAUAUUUAAAAAAAAAUCUCUUGUGAAGAUCAUCAGCUAUUUCAUAUUUAAUAAUGCAUAAAAGUAUAAUAAUUUUUGGAAUUGCUAAUGAUUUACUCAUUCUUUUUCUUCAUUGAUUGCUGUGCUGAUAUAUAAAUACUUUUAUCAACUGCUGACAAUGAUUUAUUUUACCAUAAUUCAUCCUGUUUAAUAAUAGUCAUAAUUUUAACUUAACUUUUUCAGCGACUGGUCACAAAACUACUUUGUAUAAUAUUAGGGAGAAUAGUGAUCCUAAUACAACACCGCUGAAAGAUGGAGAAAAGGAAGAAUUGGAGACACAAUAUCUUAUUAAAUGGAAGGGCUGGUCCCAUAUCCAUAAUACAUGGGAGACUGAAGCUUCAUUGCGUGAGCAAAAAGUCAAUGGUAUCAAGAAGCUGGAAAACUUUAUAAAGAGAGAGGGAGAAAUAAGAGAUUGGUAAAUUGAUUUUUUUUUUUUUUUUUCAAAAAAAAGAAAUGUCCCUCUCACUGUAUAUAUUUUAAAAGUAAACUUUCCAAUCUAUAAACAUUUAUACAUAAUGAGUUAAAAUACAUGUGUGUAUGUUAAUCGUAAUCUCCAAAUAUAUUUUUUUUAAAUAUCUAAUAAUGAAAAAAAUAUUUUUAAACUAGGAAGGAAAAUGCCACACCAGAAGAUGUAGAGUAUUAUGAUUGUCAGCAAGAGAUGAUGCAAGAUCUAAUUGAGUCACACAAAACUGUUGAACGUAUUAUAUGUAAGAUACACAAAUUGUGUUUUAGUUACUGUACUAUUUUAAGAUAAGUAUUCUGUAAUUAAUAUAGCAAUUUCUGUGUUUAUCCAAAUGUAAUUUUAUUGAUUUGUCUUGAUUUUAAUCCUUUUUCCUCUAUGAUUUACUUGAACACAGGUCAUCGUAAAGAAAAUAAUGGUUCAGCAGAUUACAUGUGUAAAUGGCAAGGUCUACCAUAUUCUGAGUGCACAUGGGAAGAUGGGGAGCUUGCCUCCAAGCUGUUCCAGAGCCAUAUAGACAAAUAUCUAGCAAGGAACAAAUCUCAGUGUAUUCCCACUAAGUUAACAAGGGUAAGCAUUUUCAAGUUUUUCUAUAAGCGUGAUUUUCUUUAUUUGAUUUGUUAAUUUUUAAAUAAUUGUCUUCAUAUUUUAUAACACCUAGCCUGCGAUCAACCUCUAUCUAUAAAUAUUUAACAGGUUUUAAAGGUACGUCCAAAGUUUGUUCCAUUAAAAUCGCAGCCAGAGUACUUAGGAGGAGUUGAAAACUUGGUGUUACGUGACUAUCAACUGGAUGGUUUGAACUGGCUUAUACACUCUUGGUGCAAGUAAGGAAAUAUAUAUUCUUUCAAUUUAAGCAUUGAAACAAUUUCUCAGCUUUUAAUAAAAAGUUGUGUUUGAAUGACAACUAUGUAUCAGUUUUUUUUUAGAUAAUCUACUAUAUGCUUUUUAUGAUUAAAUAUUUAAGAAUCUGAAUUUGAAUCUCAUGCAGUAAGAGUUGAGUAAGUUAAUUUUCAAAUCAAAAUUUUAUUUGAUUUUAAAGUAUUUUGCAUUUAUGUUUUUCAACAGAGAGCAUUGUGUGAUUCUUGCUGAUGAGAUGGGUUUGGGAAAAACUAUUCAGAUCAUCAGCUUCAUUUCUCAGUUGUUCAAUCAGUUCCAUUUGUAUGGGCCUUUUCUUUUGGUGGUUCCCCUGUCAACAGUAGUUGCUUGGCAAAGGGAGUUGGAGAAAUGGGCCCCAGAGAUGAAUGUUAUUAUAUAUAUUGGUGAUGUCAACAGUCGAGCCGUGGUAAGUUGAGAUACAGAUUCUGUGAGAAUUAGGAUAAAGAAUCUGUGAAAGUUAUAAAUUUCCAGUAUUCUCAUGUUUUCAUUUACUUUCUAUCAAUCAUUUUUGCUUUUAUAACUAAAUUUACAGUCAUAAAAAGUAAUUUCCUCUUCUAGAUAAGAGAGCAGGAAUGGAGACAUCCUGGAAACAAGCGGCUCAAGUUUAAUGUUCUAAUUACUACUUAUGAAAUUUUGCUAAAAGACAAGGUAAGAAUCUCAACAGUUUUAUAGGUGUAAGGGAUUGUGGGAUAAUAUUGCUGAAUCUAUUUUAAAUUAUAGCUUAUACAAAAAAAUCGUUAAGAAAACUAGAAUUGCACAUAGUAAAAGUAUUUAUUUCUAGUAACUAUUUAGUGAAUUGUUUAAUAAAUUAUUGUACUGUUGAACAUUUUUAGGCAUUCUUAGCUGCUGAGUCAUGGGCAUUCCUUGGUGUUGACGAAGCUCACAGGUUGAAGAAUGAUGACUCUCUGUUGUACAGAUCAUUAGAAACAUUUGAUACAAACCACAGAAUAUUGAUAACAGGCACUCCAUUGCAAAAUUCUUUGAAAGAGCUGUGGUCACUGUUGCAUUUCAUUAUGCCAAAUGUGUAAGAGUUUUCCUUUUUUCCUGGGAGUAAACAAUUUGCUUUCAUCUAAUAAAGGUUUUAAACUUUUAACUUAUACAUGAGAAAACUUUAAAACCUAAUAGCAGAAAUAUUAUGCUUGGAAGGGAUUUAUUUACUACUAAUUAUUUUAAUUAACUAAAUCGAUUACUGAAUACUUUAAUAUAUUUUUAAACUUUAUUGGUUUGGGAAAAUAUAUUCUUUCAUCUAUUUUGAUUGUUGAUUUAAAAUUGUUUAUAAUCUGCACAAUUUAUUAAUAAUAUUUGUGAAAGUUGUGUGCUUUAAAAGUGCCUUAUAGAAGUUGAACAAUUUAAAGUUUCAAAAAUAUUAAUGGUUUCUCAUUUAUGGCCCACAUAGAUUCGACAGUUGGCCUGAUUUUGAAGAAAAACACUCUAAUGAAGAGGGCAAAGGAUUUCUCUCCUUGCAUAAACAGUUAGAACCAUAUCUGUUGAGAAGAGUAAAGAAAGAUGUGGAAAAAUCCUUACCUGCCAAAACUGAAAGAAUCUUACGGGUUGAGCUUUCAUCAUUACAAAAGACUUACUAUAGGUAAUUGUUUCCAUAAACAUAUUUUCCAUUACAUAUUUAACAGUGUUAUUCAGUAAUUUUCCUCAGGGAUUACUUCCACUCAGAGAAUAGAUGCCUUACUUGGUUAAGGAAUGUAUUUAAAAGUUAGUGAUGGCCAAGACUAUAAUCAAACCUGCAAUCUCUAGGGCUGGAGAGACACCAUGAGGAAAUAUCUUUAAUGUUUGUAAAGAACUAAAUGAAAUUAUAUUUUAAUACUACCCACUUCAUAACUUAACUUCACACUUUAACUUUUCUUUUCUUUAAAAGAGGAUUAAUAGAUUCUUCAAUUAUUAUUAUUUUUUGUAUUGCUUACAUUAUGUAGGGCUAUACUGAAAAGGGAAUUUCGCACACUGAUGAAAGGUUUGCGUGGUAAUGUGUCAUCUUUUGCAAAUAUAAUGAUGGAAUUAAAGAAAUGUGCUAACCAUGCUCACCUUGUUGUGCCAUUAGAAGAAGAUCCAUUACCUAAAGAAAAACUACAGGUUUGUAUUAAUUUAUUGUAUUCAUAUUUAUAAUUUAAUAGUUUCAGAAUAUUAGGGUUUCUUAAUAUAUUUCUUGUAUUUUUAAAAGUGAGGUUUUCAAGCAUGUUCCUGUGCAUCAUGAGGCUACUUUGGCAUAAGCAUGUUUCACCAAACCUGAAAUAUUUUUAGUCAUAUUUACAAAGUUUACUACUUGCAAUCAAAUAUGUAAAAAUAAUAAACAUAAGGUAGUUGAAUUAAUGCCAAUUAAAAUAGUUUUAUUUUAUCAGGUACUUUUGAAAGGGAGUGGUAAAUUGCUGCUUUUGGAUAAAUUAUUAGUCAGACUGAAAGAAACUGGACACAGAGUUCUUAUAUUUUCUCAAAUGGUCCGGAUGCUGGACAUUGUUGCAGAAUAUCUUCAAUGUAGACACUUCCAAUAUCAAGUAACGUUUCAGUGUUGUUUAUUUUAAGUGUAACUAAUUAUUGACGUAAUAUGCAUCUCUGGAUGAAAAAUUAGACCUAUUGAAUUCUAGAAGAUUUUGCUUAAUAUUUUUUUAAACAUUAAUAUAUGCUCUUUUUCUUACAUUAUCAAAAGAUAUUUAAAAUUUGUGACACUAGUUUUUAUUUCUAAUUUUAGCGACUAGAUGGAACAAUUCGUGGGGAUUUAAGGAAACAAGCCUUGGACCACUUUAAUGCAGAAGGCUCUCAGGUAACCAGAGUUGACCUUUUUUUUUAAACAUUUUUUUUUAAUAGCUUAUUUAGGUCAAUUUUUUGUUAUAUUUUUGACAUAAGGGGCUGCUAUUCGUGAGUGAGAUUAUGCCUGUCUUAUGAUGAUGUGUGAUAAGUGUCAAAUUUGCAUUACAAAUUGGGGGGGGGGGGGGGGGGGGCGCAGGGUUAAUGUCGGCCAAUAGCAUGACGUCUUUUUAUGUAUGGUUUCUUAAACAAAUUUUUGCUUUUAAUACCAAAUUUAUUAAUAGCUAAAAGAUAUUUAAAGUCAUAAAUGAUUUUGAUACUCAUUUUUUAAAGAGAAAUAUUAAAUUUCAUGUUCGUUUUUUCUUCCUAAUGUUAGUAUAAUUUAAAAGCAAAUUUGGCACUUAAACGAUACAAGUUUUAUAAUUUAUGAAAUCAACAUACAACAUAAUCCAUUUAUUAGUCAAGAUAAUGUCAAAUAACCAAAUCAUUGUAAACAUUAUUCAGUUAUAAAUAUUCCAGGAUUUCUGCUUCUUGUUAUCAACUCGAGCUGGUGGCCUUGGUAUUAACUUGGCAACAGCAGAUACAGUUAUUAUUUUUGAUAGUGACUGGAAUCCUCAGAAUGACCUUCAAGCCCAGGCUAGAGCUCAUCGAAUUGGACAGACAAGACAGGUAAAUUGAUAAAAAAAAUGUAAAACAUAAAAUUUGUUUAAAACCAAACAUGGAUCACUUUGAUGAAAGCAUUAGCUUUAACCCAGCUCUCUGAACCAUUUUCAUGGCUUUGAGGAUAAAAUAAACCUGAGUGAUCUCUUUAUUUUUCUUUCUAAAUUUUAUGCAAGAAGGAUUGUUAAAGACCACUAACCCAGAUUUUUAUGAAGAUUUUGUUAAAGUAGAAAAAAAUUCUUUAGAUUGCUUAUCUAAAUGUGACAAUUAUUAUACCUUCUCUUAACUCAUUCCCUCCGGCAGCGCUGCUUCCGGACUUAAUUUAUUUUCCUGAGAAAAGGGAAGCAACUCAGUUUUGAAAUUGAUUUAUAUUUUUAAAAUAUUUUUUUAAGUUGCUAAAUAUUAUUUAAUGUUAAUGAAUUAAGAACAAAUGCAACAAAAAAUGAAUAAGGUUUAAUAUAAAUAUAACAUUAGAAUAGACGCGCCGUACUAAAGCACACGUAGUUUUAAAGUGAAACAAGAUAAAAACUUCCGGUUUCUAAAUUAAAAUCACGCAGAAAUCACGCCAUAGCCGGAAGUCUCGAGGGGUGCGAGAUUUCAUUUCUAUUUUUAACUAAAAAUAAGAGAGGUGUGUCGCUAUGCGCCGGGACGCAUUUGGACGCAUCAGGAGGGACCCCCCGAGGACGCAUUUAGUCGCAACCGUCGGGAAUGAGUUAAAUAUUUUGGUUAACAAAAAUCCUGCUAAGAGUUUAAUAUUUUUCUUACUUUAAGGAAUACAUUAAAAUUCAAUAAAUAUAAUUUUAGGUCAGCGUGUAUCGUCUUGUGACCAGUUCCACAGUAGAAGAAAAGAUUGUAGAAAGUGCCAAGAAAAAAAUGGUGCUGGAUCAUUUGGUCAUUCAGAGAAUGGACACAACUGGUAGGACAGUACUUGAUCGGGGAUCAGCUCCAUCCAGGUUGGUAUACAUUUUUAAGUGCUUUAUUUUAAACAGGUCAAUAUUUUUUUUUAUUAAAUGUUAAUGUAAGUUAAUGAGAGUCUGAAUAUCUUAAAUGAUAGAAUUUAUAAAAUGGGAGCCUGUCUUAUUCCUUAUAAAUAUUAUUUGUUUUAAAUGCACAUAGGUUGCUUAUCUGAGAUGUUUGUUUUCAAAUUAACUUUAUCAAUUUAAUAGCAUAUAUUCUAAGAACUUCUUUAGCCAGCCUUUUAAGUAUAUAUUUAAUAUCAUAAAAGCAACAUAUAAUUUACGUUCAUUUAGCAGUGCUGUUCCAUUCAGUAAAGAAGAGUUGUGUGCUAUUCUUAAGUUCGGUGCUGAAGAAUUGUUUAAAGAAAAAGAGCAUGAUGAUGAGGAAGAGCAACAGGUAAGAUUACUUAAUCCUAUAAUAAAUUUAAUAGAAAAUUUCCUAUCUUCUUUUUUGGUUAUAACCAAAACCUCUACAGAAAUCAUCUAUGAAUAUUUAUAUGAUAUUUUGAAUAAACCAUAAUCAUGGCUACUCACUUGAAAUAAUUUUUAAUAAAGUCUUAAGAAUUUUUAAAAUAAAAAAUAUGGUGAUAUUUUUAAAUAUAAAGAAAAUUAUAAUUUUGGCAUAAAAAAUUAUUUAUUUUCUUAUUUUUUUUACAUCUUAAUAACCAAAAAUAGAUUACGUUAACAAGAAUCCCAUUGGCAGCAGAAUACAUUUUUUGAAAUUUAACGCAGACUGGUGCCAUUAUAGUUGGUGUCACCUAAAUCUUCAUGUACAUGACCAAACACAAUCAUCUGUUUAUGUAAUCUUGUAAAUUCAAGGCCAUAAUGUUCAUAUGACAUAAUAAAAAAAAAAAAGAAAGGAAUUCGAGUUGGCAGGAUCAUUGUAACCUUGAGCUCAGCUCAACAUUUAAAAUCCAUUAAUUGACUUUCAAAACUGGAGUCAUCAACUUCUUUCCUUUUUAAAGAGGAAUAUUCAAGAAACACUUCAAUAUGUUCAAUGGUUUCGCAAACAUUAUUCUAAAAUACAUCUGGACGCAACCUGUUAGGCUGCCCACACUGCUCUGGAGUCAACCCGUAGUAUAUCUACUACAAACUCCACCCUUUUAAAUUUUUUAUUUUCCAAAUAACGUAUUGUUUAAGCAGUAAAAAAAAAAAGAAAUCCUGUUAUGUCUUUUUCAUUUCUUUUUACUUUUUUUGUGACUAUUGGAUUUGGAAUUUAAUUAAUUUUAAAUGUCUUUCUUAUUUGAUUUUAAGGUUGACAUUGAUGAUAUUUUAAAUCGUGCUGAGGAGCAUGAAACUGAAAGCAACACAGUGGGAGAUGAACUUCUCUCCCAAUUCAAGGUGGCAAGUUUUGGUAAUCUGGAGGAAGAAGCUGAAGCAUCUCGGGCCAGUUUUGGAGAGGAAGGUAACCUAUUGUCUUUUUGAGUUUUGCAUUUAUUUUUAAAAAAUGACAAACAACAUAAAUUUACCAACAGUUUCUUCUUUCAUAAAUAUUUUUUUGUUUUUGUUCUGCACCUUUAGGGAAAGACUGGGAAGACAUCAUUCCAGAGGAAGUUAGACAAAAGAUGGAGGAGGAAGAAAGGCAGCAGAAAAUGUUGGGGCUUGAACUUGGGCCAAGAAACAGAAAAACAAUCAAACAGGUGAAUAUUUGUAGUUUUAUUUGUUCAAUCAUUUAACUAAUGUAAUUUUAUAUUAUAUUUAAUGCAAGAUUAGAUUUUAAAAUAAAAGCUUCCAUAUAUUCCAGCUUCAGGUUGAUUACGAUUCUGACAAAGAUAAUAAAAAGAAGCGAAGGAAAAAGGGUCAGUCAGAGUCAGAAGCAAGUGAUGAAGAAGAAGAGGAAGAUGAUGAGGACCAGCCGCGUAAAAGGGGUCGACCUCGAGGUGGUACAAAAGAUGGCGUAAAAGGAUUCUCUAAUGCUGAAAUAAGGCGCUUCGUAAAAAGCAUAAAGAAAUUUGCAGCUCCUCUAAAAAGGUAUAUUUGGAUUGAUAAUGUAACACAUAUAUUUAAUGUUUGAGCUUGUAGGUUUUCUUUCUUCUACAAUUACAUUUUGAAUACCCUGUUCUUUUUUGUAAACAAUGGGUCAAAUUUAUAAAAUGGAAUCGUAUAACUUUUUUUUCCCCUGGAAUUGAAAGGUUUAAAACCCUGUCCUUAAGAGCUUUUUAAAAAUAUGCUUUAGUGAUAGGUGUUAUGGAAAUAAUAUAUUUUAGAGACUUUUUAAACUAAAAUAUUGUCUUGCAGACUUGAUGCAAUUGCAGAGGAUGCUGAACUACAGGAGAAAAGUGAGGCUGACCUGCGACGAUUGGCUGAAUAUCUAAAACGUGCCUGUGAAGAGGCCGUCAAAGAACACAAUCAGAAGUUGCAGGAAAUCCCCAAUCCAGAGGGUAAAUUUUGAAUAAAACAAUUACUAGUAAAUUUUGUCCUAAUCUUAUUUUAAUGUGGGAUAAUAUAAUACGAUUCACCGCCUAAGGUGAAUUGCAUGUGACACUAAAAUUAUUUAACUUAAAUGUUUAUAGAUUGCAGUUAAUACUCAUUAGUAAGCCAUUUCAUUAAUAAGCCAUGGAAAAGCCUGAAAAAUGUGUGACCAGCUCAUUAGCCUACCCCAUAAAAUAAUAUGCCAGUGGAAGCAAUACAGUACAAAAGAAAACAAUUUAACAAAAAAUUCAAACUUUAAAAAUUAGAGUAAAAAGACUUUCACUAAAAACUUACAGCAUUGUGUAUAACAAAUUAUGAAUAUUUCCAAAAAUAGGACCUCAGCAAUCUACAAAACAAUUAUUUCACUAUUUAUUGUAGGUUAUUUGAUACUCUUCUAAAUAUGGCAGUAGCGAAAUGAGUUCAAAACGUGACCCAAUUUUGUACACAGCUUUAUUUUUAUUUCUGUUAUUAACUUUCUUCAUCAUUGGAGAAAAUUGUACCGGUAUAAAAUCUCUUGUGACCCGCUCAUAAACCGACCACCCCACUAAUUCCCCUGAAACAUUUCCAAAAAACUUGUAUUUAUGAAUAAGUAUAUAUGGUAAGUGUCAAAAACCUUGAUAUAAAAAAUUGUACUCAUGAUCUGCUCCAUGUCAUAAUUCAAAAUAAUUAAAAAAAUUAUAUUUAAACAUUUCAGCUGGUAAGAAAACCCAUAAAGGGCCAUCAUUCAAAAUUGCCAGUGUCAGCAUUAAUGCCCAAUCUUUGCUGAAAGCUGAAGAUGAUCUAAAACCUCUUGCUGAAGCUAUACCAGAAGAUAAAGAACUACGAAAGAAGUCAGUUCAUCUCUAAUAAGGACCUAUUCUACAUUAGAUUAAUACAUUAGGGUGUCUUAACCUUUUAUCAUAGACUUUGGAUUUUAUUCUAAUGAAAUCUUUAAAUGUCUUUAGAUUAUAUUUUAGUUUGGGGCUAGUGGGAAAAAAUCCCAUUCAUGAACCAAAUUAUUCUAAGCUCUGCUUUAGAGUUAUUGUUAUGUCAUAAUUCAACUUAUUGAUCGUGGCAUUCAGUAGAAGUAAAUUAAUAUAAAAUUGUACUUUAUGUUAAACUAUUUGAGAACUGGAUUAAAAAGUUUUUUUGUUUUUUUUAAGGUGGCGUUUGGAUCAACCAGUAAAGAAAGUGCAUUGGGACUGUUUUUGGAACAUUGAUGAUGAUAGUUCGCUGCUCAAGGGAAUUUAUGAGUAUGGCCUAGGGAGUUGGGAAGCCAUCAAAAUGGAUGAAAAUUUAGGCUUGUCUGAUAGGGUAAUUUAAUUAGAUCUUCAAUAUAAUUUUUUUUUUAUUUUAAUGAAUUGUAUUUUUGUCAUCAUGAAAUUUCAAAUUCUAAAAAUACUUAAAUUUAGGGUUUACUGUUGUAUAUUAGAUUAUUCUUUGCCUUAGUGUUAUGAUUAUAUGCAAGUUUGAUAAUUACCAAUUUAUUAGCCUUGCCAUAUUACCAAUGCAGAAAAAUCUGCCUAGUAAUUAUUCUGUAAUAUUGUAUUUUAAAAUUCAUUUUGUAUUCAUUUGUAGGUAUUUUAUUACAUUAUAUUUAAUACGACAAUUAUAGAGACCUUAUUUUUUGAUACAGUAUUAAGGUAUUGGGUGUAAGAGUAAAUUUGAAAAUAUUAAAAUAAAGUACCCAAGUGUCCUUUGGAUUCUCAUGCAGCUGACCAUCUCACUGGUUGGGGGAAAUUUUAAUUUCACCAAGAAAGUGGUACUAAGUGUAACCAGAUUUGCAUGAAAUGUGCCAUUGAGCAUGAAGCUUAAAUUAAAAGUUGACUUAUCCAAUUGGUCAGUGCAAAAGUUGUUUGCAAGGCAGAGCUUGGGCAAAUUGCAUUUUUCUUCAAUUCAUGAAAGCAAAAUAUGAUAGUUCUUGAAAUUAGAACUCGUCAAAAUAAUACGCUAUAUCAAGUCAUUGCAUGAUAGAUAAAUGCACACAAAAAUAAUGCACCAAAUAUGUCCUUGUGUGCAAUCUACGUCUGUUAUUAACAGGAGAAUCCUUAGAGACUACCUAAAUGGUGCCUAGAAAAUAACCAAAUAAAAAAUCUCAAUAACCAGUGUCAAGUCUUCAUCGCAAGGAAAAUAUUUUUCACUCAUUGUGGAGAAAAAACACUUAAUAAUAACUUUAUUUGUUGUUAAUAAUUUUAUGAAACCAUAAUUAAAAAAAACAUCCAGGAUUUUAUGAAAACAAUCGAACAUUUGGAUAGAAUUUUAUUUUAUAAAAAGGUUUUAACCAAUUAAUUUUAAGAAAAGGUCAAACCAGUUAACAGCAAAUGUUGUACAAGUCAAUUACUAAUUAUUUGCUGAUAAUCAGUGCAAGCCUACUGAGACUUUAGGAUGCCUUACAGGUUAAAUCUUUUAUAAGAUUGAUUUAAAACAUGCUUAAGGGUACAAAGUUUAAGUAACAUUUCCUCUUAAUUUUUAGAUUCUACCAGACGGAGAAUUGAAACCACAGGCAAAACAUUUACAAACAAGAGUAGACUAUCUCUUAAAAGCAAUGAGGAAAGAUGUGGUUACAACUCCAAAUGUAAAUAUUUUGCCUUUAUAUAUCAUCUAAAUUUCACACUUUCCUUAUUAAUUAAUAAUCUUGACAAGUGGUUCCCAACUUUUUUGAUUCUAUGCGCCCUUACUGAAUCCAUUUUUUCUUAGUAGGCGCCCUGCUUCAAAUUCUACACUUGAUUUCGCCCCUAUCUCAUUGAACAAUAAUGGAAAUAAAAAUUAUUAAUAUUUUGGUUAACUUUUUUACUAAAAUUCUACAAAAUAUAUUGUAACUUUUUUUUUAAAAAAUUUCCAGAAGCCAACAAAGGCAAGGAAAAGAAAUCCCAAGUCUAAGGCUGAGAUAAUUGACAAAGAUGAUUCAAGUAGUUCUGAUGAAAACAAGGAAAAGAAGUCACAAACCACAGAAAUAACAAAUAAGAAAAAACAAUCUGCAAAUGAAAAAGAUUCCAAAAAAGAAAAUAUUCUUUCUGAUAUCAGUGACAUAGAAUUAGACACAGAUGAGGAAUCCAAGCGGAAAUCAAAGACUAAAGGGAGACCGAAGAAGUUACCCAAAGAGAAAGAUGGCAAAGGGGAAAAGGAUAAAAUAAUCAAAGGAAAGACAAAGAGUAAAAAGAAGGUAUUUUUAUAGAGAUAUUUUACAUAUUUUGGAAUGAUUUUUUAAAAUAUAAAACUAAGAUGUCUUAUAAAACUAAGAUGUCUUAAGUGUUAUAAUAAUUGUAAAAAUGUUGUCUUGAUUAAGAUAUGUAUUUAUUAAUGUGCUGAGAAUGACUAUAUACAAUGUAAUAAAAAACAUUUCAUUAAUUUGGAUCAAUAACAGACUCUUAUCUUAUAUGGCUAUCCACAAUUGCAGUAUCCCUGGUAGAUAUAAUAAUUUAUUGAGUUUCAUGACUAAAAAUGUCAAGUUUAUCAUAAUUGAACCUUUGCAGCAGUCUGGCCCAAUGCAUUUCACAGCAUCUUCUGAGCCCAAAGAAAUAGCAGAUGAAGCUGAAGAGGAAGAGAGACAAAAAAUGGAACCUAAAGUUUUUGAAGAGGUACAUUGAAUAAAUUUUUCUUUGAAAAUAAUACAAAUGUAAUAGAUGGCUUUAAAAUAAGAAACAUUGUUGCGUAUUUUAUAACUUAGGCUUUUAAUUUGCUUUACCCUGUCAUAUAUUGUUUAAGUGACGACCCUAAUUUUCCAGUGUAAAGAAAAAAUGCGUCCUCUCAAGAAAAUACUUAAGCAAUUAAGCGAACCUGAUGAAAGUUUGGGAGAAAAAGAACAGGUGGCUUUUAUACGCAGUAUCCUGCUCAAAAUAGGAGAUCACAUCAAUCAAUGUAUAGAGGAGUAUUCAGAUCCAGAAAAGAUUAAAUUUUGGCGAGAGUAAGUUGUAAUGCUGAUCACAAUACAUUUUUAAUUCCGAAUGUUUAAAACUUAACACAGCUGUUUUCUUUCUAUAUUGUAAUAAUUUGAAUUUAAAAUUUUUGAUUUGAAGCUAAAAGGUGUAAACAUAUUUUUCAAUGGCAUUUUAAUCUCAUAAAUGCAUAUAGAUACAUUUAGAUACAUCUAAGAAUUGUCAAUGAUUAGAAUAAUCUCGUGAAGUUAGGCAAUAAAAUGUUAAAGGCACUUAAUUUGAAACAUUUUUAUUUUCAGCAACUUAUGGCUAUUUGUGUCUAAUUUUACCACCCUCAACCAUAACAAACUUCGCAAACUGUACAAAGGAGCAUGUAAAAAAAGGGGAAAUGAAAAACAUGAUAAAAAAGAGGUAAUAAAUGUGAUUGUUUUUUUCAUGAGCACUUUUUAUUUACAUUAAUAAAAAUAAAGGUAAGAAAAAUAUGUUGAAUGUCUCAUGGGGAAUAUUUAUAUAAUUUUUAAUUAUGAAUUGCAGGAUGCUGAUUCUAAACAUAGAAAUAAUCAUUUAAAGAGAGGACAGGAGAAAUCAGAUAAAGAUGUUCUUUCAAAAAAACAGAACUUAAUGCACAGAAAUGAUCGCCAUCAUCAUCAUAACCAACCAUCAUCACAGCAUCCUCACCAUAAAGAAAGGUAUUUUCAUUAUAUAAUUUUGUUCCGUACAAUUACUUGCUUAAUAAGAAAAAGGGGUUUCAUAUAUGCAGUCACUUUUACUAUGAAUGAUUUAAUCUAGGAUUGUUAUUAGUUUUUCAUAAUAAAUUAUAGCAUAUUUCCAUUGUAAAAUAAUAAAUGUAAUGUUUUUUACCACCUCAACACAAUUUUAUAUGAUUAAUGUGCAAGAUAUGAGAUUGCUAUGAUGAAAGCUUAUGCUUUAACCCAGCUCGCUUGGAGUCUUUUUGACUAUGAAGAAUAACAAAUCUGAGCAGUCUUAAGUAAGGUUUAGCAAACACUAACAAUAAAAGAAAAUAAUUUUUAUAAUUGGGGAUAUUUUUAAAUGUAGAUAGCAUGUAAACAGAUAUAACACUAUUAUUACCUGUUUCCAAUACAAAUAAUUUUCAUUAUUUUAUUUUGCAUAUUUGGAUGUGGGGGUAUUAUUCAAUGGUUUUCUUAUUUCAAAUUAUUAUUAUGAACUGUCUUGCAUUGUUUAAGUCUCGUCCCCCAUUAGGCAUUGAUUGACAAAGUCGUGAACACUCUUAAAAAAGUUAAAGGAUGCAUAGUAAAACUUCUGAACUUAAAAAAAUAUAAAAUCAUACACUUGUGACUUAUUUCAUAAAGUAAAUGAUGAAAUUAUAAAAUAUAUAGCCAUUUACAUGUCCUAACUAAAAAGUAGAAAGUUCCUCUGUUCUUAUAAUACCUUCUUGGCACACCCCCUGAUUGGGAAACCCUGUAAUGGUAAUUAGUUCCAUAUUUGGAAUAACUUACUUGAAAAUAUGUUGUUGUUUUUUUUGUUGUUGUUUUUUAAAAUUUUAGAAGUAUUGCAAUGAAUAGGAAGAAUAUGGUUUGGGAUUAAAAUUAAAUUAAACCUUGAUUAUGGUUAUUUUUGCUUUUUGAGAAUGGCAUUCUGAACUUUUAAGACUAUAAGAAUGCUCAAAGUAAGCCAAAGUAACAAACACUUAUCUAUGAGAAUGCUUCAAAAAUAUUUUUUUACAAAGUAGGCAAUUUUUUUCAUGGUUGAUAAAAACUUAACAAAACUUGCCAUUAUGAAAGCUAAUGCAUUAACCCAGCUCGCUCUGAGCUAAUUAGGAUUUAAGAGAGACAAAUCUGAGCAGAGCAUUAUUCAAAUGUACAAUUAUGUUUUCAAGAAAUACAUGUCAGACUAACUUAAAAAUAAAAAAAAAUAAAAAAUAGAAUUUUAAAUUAUUUUAGAAAAUAGGAAUGUAUGAGUUAUGAUUUCAAUCAUUCUUAAACACAAUUAUGAAUGCUGCUAUUUGUAUGGCUUUAGGGACUGGCAAAAAAGUACAUUCCAAAAAGUCAACCUUCACAUUUAAUAUGUUUUUAAGUAAAUAAUAUAUAUGAAAAUAUUUAAUACCAAAUUAUUCAAUGAACAAAUCCAAAAUUGCCAUGAUGAAAGCUUAUGCUUUAACCCAGCUCGCUUUGAGCCUUUUUGGCCUUGAAGAGUGACAAAUCUGAGCAGUUAUGAAAUGUACAUUUUUUAAGUUUCUGGAAAUAAUUGUUAUAUCUUGACAAAUAAAAUAAGUAUAUUUAAUGUGAAUCUGAUUUGAAAAUGUAUUAAGAAAAUAGAAAUACUUUUAUAAGCUUAGGAUUUUAAAUAAGACAUCCAUAAAACAAGUAAGACAUUGUUAUAUUUACUUAAUGGGCACAUUUUAAAAUGUUGCUAGUUACUUAAAAUGUGGAAGUUGGAACAAAUACAUACUAUAUACAGGUUAUAUAAAAUUUAAGUAAUGUCUGCGGAUCAAACUGCAAGAAAAUAAGCAUAUCCUCAAAGUACUAUGAUGAAAGCUAAUGUGAAACCAUGCUGAUUUUGAGCCUUAUGGCUUUCAAGAGCAAUGAAUCUAAGCAUUCACAUCAAGUUUAAGUAAUAAAUAGUGGAACAAAAUAAUGUUUAAGCUUGAAGAGAAAUGACAGGAGUGUUACAUUAUGCAAAAACAAAUAACUGCGUUAUAUUUUAUUGGAGAAAGCACAUUUUUAGAAACUUGAGAAAUGGAACAAGAUUAUAUAAAUUAAGAAGUUUUAAUAUAAAACAUUAACCUUUAGGAAGGACAUUGUGCUAACAUUUUCCUCUUUAUUGGAAGAUAAAAACAAUAAUAUUGAUUAGAAAGUUUUUUUAGAUUGCUGUGAUGAAAGCUUAUGCUUUAACCCAGCUCGCUUUGAGCCUUUUGGCUUUGAAGAGUGACUAAUCUGAGCAUUUAUCAAACAUCCACAUUUAAGUUUCUUGAAAUAAAUGUUAAUGUGUCUAAACACAAAUGGUUAGAAAUAACUAUUCGAUGAUCAUCAGUUUUAUAAAAAAAUUCUUUUUAAUUUUGGAAACAGGGUUUUUAGAAAACAAGUAUGAUAUUGUUAUACUGUCUUAAUGUGAACAUUAAAAUUGUGCCACGUAAAAAAAAAAGUGGAAGAAGGAAUAAAUAUAUAAACUGACAGUUCAUAUAAAAUUUUAGUAAAGUAAAUCUAAAACACUCUAAAAACAAAAGAAUUACUUUGAUUGCUGAUAUGGCUGUUCAUAAGGAAAUGUAAAUAUUAAGAUUGCUAUGAUGAAAGCUUAUGCUUUAACCCAGCUCGCUUUGAGCCAUUUUGGCUUUGAAGAGUGAGAAAUCUGAGCCUUAUUCUACAUGCAUUAUUUAAUGUCUGGAAAUAAAUGUUUAAGUCUGCACAAUUUAUAUAAUAAAAAAUUUUUCUUUAAUGUCAAUAUUUUUUUAAAAUCUAUAUUAAAAAAUGAAAAAUACUUUUGUGAGCAUAGUAUUAAAAAUACAAAAUGAGAGAUUAUUAUAAAUAAUUUAAUAGUGGGCUUGCUUAAAAUUGUGAUACUAAAAUGAAACUGAAAGAUGGAGCAAUUAUUUAUUUACUGACAGGCUAUGUAAAAUUUUUGCUUAGUUUCAAAAUUCUGAAACCCUUAUAAUACCCGGUAACAUAGUAUUUUCCAUGAUUGCUGAUAAAAUUGUAUAUAAGGAAUUUUAAAUACUAAGUCUGCUAUGAUGAAAGCUAAUGCUUUAACCCAGCUCGCUUUGAGCCUUUUGGGCUUUGAAGAGUGAGAAAUCUGAGCCUUAUUCUACAUGCAUUAUUUAAUGUCUGGAAAUAAAUGUUUAAGUCUGCACAAUUUAUAUAAUAAAAAUUUUUUCUUUAAUGUCAAUAUUUUUUUAAAAUGUAUAUUAAAAAAUGAAAAAUACUUUUGUGAGCAUAGUAUUAAAAAUACAAAAUGAGAGAUUAUUAUAAAUAAUUUAAUAGUGGGCUUGCUUAAAAUUGUGAUAGUAAAAUGAAACUGAAAGAUAGAGCAAUAUUUAUUUACUGACAGGCUAUGUAAAAUUUUUGCUUAGUUUCAAAAUUCUGAAACCCUUUUAAUACCCGGUAACAUAGUUUUUUCCAUGAUUGCUGAUAAAAUUGUAUAUAAGGAAUUUUAAAUACUAAGACUGCUAUGAUGAAAGCUAAUGCUUUAACCCAGCUCGCUUUGAGCCUUUUGGGCUUUGAAGAGUGACAAAUCUGAGCAUUUAUCAAAUGAAAAUAAAUUUUAAUGCUUUGCUUUACAUUCUUUUUCUGUUGGCAGAAAGUUUUUAAAAAAAUAUUAAUUUUAAAUAGAAUUUUAAAUAAUUUAAAAAAAAAAAAAAAAAGAAAAUCUUGGGUUUUAAUGAAUUUUAAAACCUGUUCUCAAUGCUUGGUAAAUUUAUAAAAUGAAAAUAAAUUUUAAUGCUUUGCUUUACAUUCUUUUUCUGUUGGCAGAAAGUUUUUAAAAAAAUAUUAAUUUUAAAUAGAAUUUUAAAAAAUUUAAAAAAAAAAAAAAAAAGAAAAUCUUGGGUUUUAAUGAAUUUUAAAACCUGUUCUCAAUGCUUGGUAUUGUGUGGGUUAUUUUUAUGAACGGUACAAAAUAAAGUUAUACCACACUCAUUUAAUGUAUUUUUAAUGAAAAUAAUUAAAUCUGAAAAUAAUGAUACUUAAUUAUUUAACAAUACAUAUUCUAUUAGUUCUGAUAAACUAAAAAAAUAUAAUUUGAUGAAGAAACUUUAAAAUUGCUAUGAUGAAAGCUAAUGCUUUAACCCAGCUCGCUUUGAGCAUUUUUGGCUUUGAAGAGUGACAAAUCUGAGCAUAUAUAUACAAUUUUCCCUUAUUUGCAUUUCUUUAAAGAUAGUUUUUUUUUAUUGUAUUGCCAAAAAAAGCUACUGGAAUAUAACCUGUGAUUAUAAAACCAAGUAUACCAAAAAAUAUAAGCAUCAAUUUAAAUCCUAAACAUUUAGGAAGGAAAAAGUUUAUGCCCACACUUUCCUCCUUCUUGAAAAAUUAAAAUGGUAAUCAAAUUGAUAAAAAAAGUUUUUCAAGAGAGUUAUACUGAAAGCUAAUACUUUAACCCAACCUCAACAUGUCUUUAUGUUUAUGGAAAUAAAUUGCUCAUGUUUUUUGAAAAUAAAUAUGGUAAAACUGAUAAAACUGAACACAAUAAAAUUAGUUAAUCCUUGUACUGCUAUGAUGAAAGCUAAUGCUUUAACCCAGCUCGCUUUGAGCCUUUUGGGCUUUGAAGAGUGACAAAUCUGAGCAUUUAUAUCAAUUUUCCCCCAUUUUUAAAAUUAAAAAAAUUUUGUUGAAAAAUUUACAGGCGUUUAACCUGAGAUAUAAAAACCAAAUAUACCUAAAAACAUAAGCAUUAAUUUCAAAUCUUUUUAGUAACAUUUAGCAAGGAAAAGUCCAUGUCCUGACUUUCCUCUUUAUUGAAAAACUGGAAUAGUAAACAUGAAUUUAAAGAAAAAUUAGUUUUUUUUCCAUUGUAUGAUGAAAGGUAAUGCUUUACACCAACUUGCAUUGAAUCUAUUGGCAUUGAAGAAUGAUACAGCUGAGAAGUCUUAAUUCAUACUUUUCUUUAUUUUUAAUGUAUCCCUCUAUUCAAAUUCAUAACGUUGGUUUUGUAAAAAUAUAAAACCUUAUUCAUUUUUAAUUGAUAAAAUUGAGAAUUCGCAGAGAAAAUUUGAGCUUGCAAUUAUUAAAGAAAGAAGAAAAAAAUUGUAUAGAGGUAGUGGGAAUUUAAUCUUGAGCAUAUAUUUACCCAGCCAUGUAAAUAGUCAUCACAACAAAGGACAUCAUCAGAGAACUGCACCACCCCAUCAACAACCUCCAUAUCGCACAGGGGUUGCAAAAGAUGGAACAUUAUCUGCCGAACCAGGUGGUGCAAGUCCUAGUAACCCUUGGACUCUAUCCAGUCCAUUGUCUCGAACAGAAGAGGUUACUCGUAACAGGUAAGUUAUUGAAAAAAUUGUAUUAUUUUAUCAUACAAAUCACAAUUAUGUGUUGUUCCCAACCAUCAAUAAUUUUUGUCCAACACCUGCAAUGUAUAAAUAUAUAAUAUAUAGUCAUCCCAAUUGGUUUUUGUCACUUCCUGGUGUUGUGAAUCCAUUUAUAAUUUUUAAAAAAAUUGUUUCAUUUUAAAAAUGUCAUUUCACUAGAAUAUUUGGAUCUUAACCUCAUAUGUACAGAUGUUUUAUAGAGUAUCCUUAAGGAGGACUCCCUUCUCCUACACACACACAACCCCUUCCCAACAAACAUUUUUUUAAUUUGCAUCUUUAAUGGUCUCUAGUUCUAAUGGUAGCUCAAAAAUCCCUGCUUAUGUUUUUAACAUAUCUUAAUUCAAUUACUCUUGGAACAAAUUGUUUGCUUUUACUAAAUUAGUUUUAACUUGAGAAGCAUAAACUAUAUAGUAUAUUUUAUUUAGCAGAAAAUGUAUAAAAUGAAUAGAAUGCAACAUUGUCUUUGCAUCUGUGUAAUACUCUAGAUCAUGAUUUUACUUUCUCUUUAUUUGAUUUAUUCUUUGUCUGUGCAGCAGUGUUUUUAGUGCAUGAUAAACCUCAAAACUGCACCUGUCCUGCAUUUGAUAUUUGUUCGAUCCUGUCAUGUAUUCUUAUCCUCCAUAUUUAAAAAAAAAAUACUUAAAAUUGAAUUCAGUCAUAAAACCCUUUCUGCUAUGCAUAUCACCUAAAAGUUUUAAGCACUCAUUUCUAGCAUUCUGCUAUUACAAUUUAGUUUUAUAAUUGUAAUAAAUUCUGUAUGCUGAUAAUAGAAAUUGUAAGCAAUUUAUAUUGAUAUUAAUAUAAAAAAAGUGACAUUCAGGGUUUGUAAGUAAGAAUUUUACUUACUUUUAAAAAUUUUAAAAAGGCAAAUUCGAAGGCAAAACAUUAUAAACUUGAAUAAAAAGUAUAUUCAGAUGAUAUUUAAAAGCUGCUUUUUAAAAUUUAAUUAUCUUUUAUAAUUCCCUAAUUGAUCUUGUCUGCCCCAUUCUUAUCGAACCCAUGCUCUCAUGAACCAAAUACACACAAAAGAACACAUUCCUUACCCAUCGCUCAUUGACAUUUUACAAGCCAUGCCUAAAAGGUAGACAAAUGAAGGUCAAUAUAACUAAGCAUUAGCGUAUAUAUGGAUCGCCAUCUGGAAUUAUUGUAAAUUAUGCUCCACUUCCCGUAUUUUACAAAUGUUGCCUCAGCUAGUGAUUUAAUACUGUACAUAUUUUAGUUUUAGUUACACAAAUAUAAAUAAGUUAAUCAAUAAAUUUGGAAACAUGAAUGUGACGUCAGUUCUUGAAUUUUAAAAAUAAAUAAGAAAUGAUCCUUUGAAUCCAAAAAUUUAGGUAAAACUUGUUUUAGACCUUUUUUUGUCUUUUACAUUAUAACUCAGUGUUCAGACACUUUUUCUAAAAACUUGCAUGCAGCUUCAAAAUAAAAUUUAAAGAUGUUGGUAUGGGAAAAAAAUUACAUUGAUUAAUGUUAACAAUUUUUUUAGACGAACAUUGUAAAGACAUAUGUGUCAUUAGAAUGCUGGUUCUGUUUGUACAAGUGCUGAUGCUUUAAAAUAAUGUUUUAGUCUUAAAAAUUCAGCCCCUGCUUUCUGCUGCUUUAAUUUUUUAAUUAAAAAAAAAAAUUAGUGUAAAUAUAGUGAUUUUUAUAAAUAAUCUAUAAAUUAUACAUUUUUUUUACAGUGGAUGUGUUCUUAAAAGUGAUAAAAGAUGUAACACCAAAAAAUGGAAAUUUUGCUUUACACAAAAAAAACUUAGAUUAAAUUUCAUUUCUGAUUUCUUAAAACUUUUUAAUGAAAAAGGAAGAAUAAAAGUAAAAGCUAAAUUUGUUCCAAACUAAACAAUUCCACAAUUUUCAUUAUCUUUGGAAUCGAGAAAAAUAUUAAUUUCCAAAUUUAAGCCAAAGCUCUACAAAUAAUGAACUGGAAAGCAGCACUAAGCAGCCUACUCCAUAAUCCUAGAUACAUACUUAUAUAUGUUAUAUUUUGUUUUCAAGAUACAUGCACCUCUUUUAAGUAUAAUUUGUAUGAAAUUUUUCACUCUUCAAAAUUAAGAACAUGUCCUGUCGUACUCAAAAUUUUGAUCACUCUGUUAGUCCAAUCCAUUGUUUUCCACACCUAUUCUCACCACUGGCUUUAUUUUGUUUAUGGAAAUGGGGCAUGAAUGUUGUCAUGUUGUCUUGUCUGGUAUUCACAGAUAUGAUAGUGCAUACAACCGCCAUCCCCACCCCAAUUCCUACACUAGUCAUCAUGAGCCGCAUCGUGGUGACAGAGCCUCAUCAGCAACAACUACAGACUCCAAAGAUUCUUAUUACAGGUGAAUACAUUCAAGAAACUAAUCUACUAACAACUCAAGGAUUGUCAUUGAUUUGUUCAUGAUCAACAUUUGAACAAUCAAUUUGUAAAUUUAAAAACUUUAAUAUAAUACACUUAACCCAUUAGCUUCAAUAUAUCGAAGAAGACAUGACGUGCAACUCAUUGAUUAUACUUCUAGAGUGAUAUAGAAGCUUAUCAUUCUGUGGUGUGCUAUAUGAGUCUCAGUUGACAAAUUUUGUCAUUAUAUUUGUUGUACUUAGAAUUUUGUAUUGUCAGGAUUUUAAAACAUUUUGAUGUGUUAAGAAUGUCAUGUGUGUAUAAACAAGGGAUCAGGAUUCUUUUCCAAAACUGUAUCAAUAAAAUAAACUUCAUUUAAAAUAUAUCAUAGGCUAAUUAUGUUAACAGGUCGUGUUUCUUAAUUUACAAAUUAUGUCCCAACAACCAACAUUUGCUUAUAUUACACAAUACUAACUAUCCCAACACAAUAAAAACUAUUUUUAAAAUAUUUUGAUUUUUAAAAAAAAUUGUCAUAAAAAUAUCUCUGUACCAAAAAAUCUAAAUUCAGGUUACAUUGUAAAAACAGUUUACCAUGUUCAUUUAUUUUCCCAAAUUUGAUCUUGUAUAUUUUGUGUUCAGUAAUCACCAUUUAAUCCUUUAGAGAAAAACAUUUCCUCUAAAUAAUUGUUAUUGCUUAUUGUUUGCAGUAGUAAGUAAAAGCUUCUUAUCACACCUUAAAGCUGCACAAUUUUUCCUUGAAAAUCACAAGUAGGCUAGAAUAUUGAUGCAGUGCAACAAAAAAUUAAAUACAGAACAAAAGCAUGACAUGGAUGUGGCAUGCUUUAACUUUUGUUUCAAUGCUCAGUAAAAUGAUGUGGAAUAAAGUAAAUUAUUUAUAGCAUUGUUUUUAUGACUACAUAAUACUUGCAGACUUAAUAGAUGACGAAAGUGUCAUGAAUCUUAACAUUUUAUUACACUUGAAUCGGUUUAUUUUGCAAAUUUAAGAAAACACAGAUGAAUGAAAGAAUUAUUAUUCUUCAUCAGGUUUAACAAUGACCGUCAAGGGCCAGGCGGUCAACAUUACCAUCGUGAUUUCAGAGGAAGAAAUGAGCAUAGAGCAGGUUAUCGACCUGAUCCACAUAGGAGUGACCACUACCGUCCUGAGUAUGGUAAUCAUUAUAGGGACCAGAGCGGUGGUCAGCAACAAUCACAACAUUACAACAGAGAAAGAGAGCGAGGUGGAGAUGACUGGGGUCCAAAUAGGUCAGUUGUGAAACAUAAAAGCCUGCAUUUUGUAAUUAUAAAAGUGAUACUAUAAUUACCAACUCCUAGUUUUCUAUGUAUAAUUUUAGUAGGCACGUAAAAAUGAAGCUAUGCUGGUAAUGUUGAUAAUUUUACAAUUUUUAUUUAUAUAUUUACAUUAAGCUUGAGACUAUCUUCCAAACACAAUUUAUUCUCAAAGAGCAUUGGCAUAUGCAGACCGAGUUGAAUUAUUUGAGAAGGCAGUUCAUUCUGAAUAUAUUUUAAUUUAACAUCAAUGUAAAAAAAUGGAGACUUAAGUGAGGGAUAUUUCUGUUUUAGUUUAUGGCUAAAGAUAUUUGGUUUAAGUAUAGCACAUAGGACUCACAUUUUUCAUCACUUAUUUUGAGCGAUAUAACUUUCUUGACUAAAGCAUAGUGAUGGUGACUAAAGCAUAGUGAUGGUGAAGGAGGAUACAUUUACAGAGUUUAGAUAAUAAACUUUAUUUAACCUUUUACCUAUAUACACAUUUGUAACAUUCAUGAAAAUCAUCAGGGUUUUAUUAGCAUCAGCAAAAUUAUAAAAAAAAUUGUAUACAAGACACCUCAAAACUACAUUUUUUUUUUUAAAGCAUCAAGAACUUUUUAAAACAUUGUUUAUUGUAAUCAGACAACUUAAAUUUUGCUAACUUUGCAAUUAAAAUUUUCAUGACACUAACUUAAGAGACCUCACAUCAUCUUAAAUGUAAUCUUACAAACAGUUCUUAAACAAAUAGCUUAUAACUUGUACUCUGCACUAUCAGGUUUGCAAAGUCAUAGGCACGAAUCUAUAAUAACUAAAAUUAUAUUUGAGAACUACAACUGUAAAUCUGAAAAAAAAAUGUUUUAUAUUACACGAAAGUAUUAUUAAAAUUUUUUUUAUCUGGAUGAGUAUUUAUAUUAUAUGUAGGUUUAGGGUUCUCUAUUAUUCCAAAUAUAAAGUAUUAACGUGUUCAGCUAUUCGCCUAAUUAUUAUAAAUGAAUUUUAUCAUUGGCUUGUCCUUGUCUUUAUUUUAUCAAGAUAUGUGAAUAUUUAUUUUUAAAAUAAGAUACUUAACUUGAAUAACUUUUCAAGCUUUUCAAUUAAAAAUUAUUGAAUCAUGAAUUCCAGGCCAGGGUGGUAAAUAAUAGUCAAGCCACGUUGCUGCAGCAGAUGUGUGGUACUGACUGUUAAAUUGCUAAAUUAAAUAUAAAAAAUAAAAUAGUUGAUUUUAUUAAAGUUAAAGCAUAAAUCAUAAUUAGCGUCAGGUCAGUGGGAGUACCAGCACUUUCACUUGUUCACUGUCAACCAGUUAGAGUUUGCUAAAAAUUCUUAACCCCAAAAAUGUGAGGUACUGUGAAUUAAUUUGUUAAUUAUUAUAUGAUCAAUGUUUCAAAUGUUACAAGGAUUAAAAAAUGUUUAUAGCUUCAAAGUCUAUUCUCAUGAUAAAAAAAAAAUUAGAUUUUUCUGCACCAAACCAACAUAAUUACCCCUCCCAUUUCAAAAGUAAAAUGAGAACUUCUAUAAUGACCCUAAUUUGUUUAAAUUCUGUCUAAUACAGUCACCACAACUAUCAGGGAGAUAGAAAACGUAGAGGAGAGAGACCAGGAGAGGACUAUCAUGAUUGGGAGCGACGUUCUAACAAAGAUCCCAGACUUGAAGCCAAGCCUCGGUUUCCACAUCCUCAGCCCCCUCCACCAGGUGACUCACCCCCUAGCUUUCCUCAUCACUAACCAUAGCCCUGCCUCUGGGACAGGAAGGACAUUAUUCAAUGCACAUCUAACAUAAUCACCUCAGCAAAGUUUUUUUUUUUUUAAUGCCAUUUGUCAGCAGGUCCAAAUGUAACAAUUUUUAGGCAUUAUCAGAUAAAGGUUCAAAGCAAAUAUUUUGUUGUAAAGAGAUUCUAUUGAUACACUAUGUGGCUCAAUUAAAUCAACGUUUGAAAUAUCCAUGGUCAAUUACUUAGUAACAAGUUUUGCUAGGAAUGUAAAAUAGGCAGCUGCUGGGAGAUGUCAAGAUUUAUUUUUAAAUUUAAUUAUGCUUCAACCAAUGGAAAAUUGUGGAGUUUUUCAUUUAUUCUGGUUGUGAUUAACUAAGAACUGCAUGGCUAUGAAAUUUUCUAUUUUUCUUUCAUAUCAAAAUUUUCAAAGAUCAUAAAAUGGUGAUAUAAUGAAAAAGCAAGAAAUGGUUUCAUAACUUGGUUUAUAUUCUGAAGUUAAUUGUUAUGAGUUUAACAAAAAGUUGGAUGCUUUCAGUUUUAAUAUAAAUGAUAGUUAACUUUUGAUACUGGGUACUAUACCCAUAGCUGGAACUUGGUAAAAUAAAAGAAUUUUAAAUUAUGAAUUGUAAUGCAUAUUGAAAAUAUUAUCAGUAGCUGACAUUUAAAAAAGAAUUUAACUUUUAAUGAACAGUAAUUUUGAGACUUGUGGAGUUAUGUCCCUCUCUGGCUGACAUUUUCACCUGUGACACUGCACAUAUUCCAAUUUGUUGUUUGGUAAAUUUGCAGUUCCUUGCUUCCAAAGUCUUUCUUGCUCAUGGUCAAAUUAUAAUUAUUGCUUUAGUCUCUUGCAAUCACCAAAAAAAAAUUAAAUAGUUAAAAAAUGACACAUUGCCACAUUUAUGUAAAGACUAUUUUCUGUUUGUGUCCACUUUGAUUAUAGAUUCAAAUUAUGUCUGGCAGCAUUUUUUUCUGUUCUUUUCAUUUUGUUCAAAUGAACUUUUCAUUUGUUAAACAAAAUCUUAUUUUAUAAACAUUGUACAUAUUUACAUAUUUCAAGGUAGUUUCUGAAGUAAAAGUUUGUUUAUAUUUCCAGCUUCUAAGAAGUGGCAAUGAGUAUACAUUUUCUCCAAUCAUGUUAGACACCCAUUAAUUUCCAUAAACAAAUGGAUAACUUAAAAUAACCCAGUUUGCGUUCAAACAAACUGUAUAAUGUUGAUGUAGUUAUUUGCAAGAGCACUUACAAUAGGAUAUAACAGAGCUUUCCAAAUUGUGUGGCACUUAAGUAAGUCGGCUACAGUGACUGGGAAAUCCCUGAGUCUAUAUAAAAUAAGCAAUCCCAAUUUCAUGGCAAUCUCUGGUUGUAUGUUACACCAUUUUCUUAAGAAAAGUAAUGAAGAUUAUCUGCCAUUUAUUAACAAAAUAGAAAUAUCUGGAACAAGAUAAGUGGAAGCUUGAAUAUCAAAACAAGACAAUAACGAACGUUUGGACUUAAUGCCUACAGUAAAACUGUUAGCAUUAAAAAUAUCUUAACAGCAGUAGAUGAAAUGUAUGCCCUAAUGGAUAUCACAGCAACUGGAAGUGACCAAAGAAAUGUGUUUGAAAUGUUUUAAAUAACUGCCUCGUGUGAGCUAAAAUGUAUCAGCUAAUAAGAAGAGUUUGGAAAGCUCUGAGAUAACUGAAUAUGGUCUGGAUAGCUGACUGUUGGCCAUUUAAGAAAUAUUUGAUGAACACCUUGUUAAACCAAACUGUCUGAGUAAGUUUGAAACCAUUGAUUUCUUGUAUUUAUUACUGACAGUCACAGACCUGUUUACCCUCAAACUCUUAAAAUCGUACAAUAUCAUCACAAAAUCGUUCGAUACACUAUCUUAAUAGUAAAAAAAUAAACAUGUAUACACCUCAAAAUCGUACAUUGUACGCCAAAAUCGUAAGAGUAAACAGGUCUGCAGUCAAUGUAAGCAAUUGAGAUCACUGAUGACUGCUUUAAAAUAAGCUAGCCUUUAAUUUUAAUGCUUUAGGACUUCUGAUUUUUAGUAUAUUUUAAAUUUUAAUUUCAUUCUCAUGCCUUUAUCAACUUGGUGAGAUACAAGAUUAAGCCUACACCAUUUAAAAAUGUUGAAUUCCUGUAGACAAGAUGUGUUGAUAAAAUGUUACGGUAUUAUUAAUGGCAUUGGUCCUCUCAGCAAGAAACAAUGAAGGUUGUUGAUGAUCCGCGAUUUGUCCCCAUUUCCCAACUGAAUGGCAAUCAUAUCUCAAUGUCCUUUCUGUCUCGGUGGCAUCAGUCAGCUGGAGUGCCUGUUACAGAAGACUUGUUACCAAUGUCAUGCUCAUGGUAUGUUUGUCAGAAUGAUUUAUUCACUGGGAUGUACAUUUUCAUGAUUAAUAUAAUGACGGUGAAUGUGAACUUUCAAAUUACUGUGUGUCUUUGAUGAUUGCAACUCCAUGUUUAUGUUAUGGGUAAGACGUGACAUGGCUUUAUGAAAUCUUGUCUGUUUUGCUCUAAAUAACUUAUUGCAAUGUAAUGACAUGAGUACUUCAUAGUAGAGAAUAUUUUGUUUCCAUUUCCAUUUGUGUUACAUGAACUUACCAUCUCAAGCCUACUUUAUUUCAUGUGUUCAUUUAUCAUUCUUUGUUCUGGCCAAUCUUCCAAUGUUUAAUUAACCUGUUUCCAAGCUGGGGAAACAGAUUUCAAAAUAAAGUCUACAGAUGAUUUAAGGAUAAUUUUUAGAAGCUUAUCUCUUGAGUCCUUGGAAGGUGGGUGGGGUUGAGGGGGGUGUGUCUCUUAAACUCAAUUCAAAAGCCAGACAGGUUGCUUUAGAAAAUUCAUAGUUUGAUUUUAGUCUUGGGCACAUCCUGUAUGAGGGUUCCAAUAACUGGACCUGGUAUAGGUAGAGUGUUGAACUUGGUUGUCAUAUUAUGGACUAGCCUUUAAAUCCUUAUCGGCAUUAAGUCUUGUUGGCGCUAAAUCUUGUGACAGAUAGUUUCAGUCUGGAUGUACACAUAGGGUACAUCGCUGGUCUACUACAUUUUCCACAGGUCCACUUGGCUGUGGAAGGACUCCCAAAAAGCUGUCAACUGAACAGUUGUAUCUAUCAGAAGAAGACUUUAGAUGAGGUGACAUGUGAUGUUUAGUUUGCACUAUCAUCUAAUGAUACUGUGAGCUGACCCUUGAAAUACAAUUGUUAUACUGACAUGGUUCCAUCUUUGGCUUGUUUUUUUAUGUAUGACAGUGGGGCUAGUGCUUAGUAAGUCAUUGGAUAGAUCAAUGAGGCAUUCAUGUCAGUCUUGUUCAAAUAAAUAAUUAAGGAUGAUAAAGCAGUUGCUUAUUAUUGUGUCAGGCUAUUUGGAUGAAUGAAUUGUGUUUACUUGUACGACAUGGUCAUACUUAGGAUACAUAUUAACUACUGCUUCAAGGCGGUCAAAUCAGGAAUAUGAUCUCACCUGAAAUAGGAGCUGGUUGGAAGAUAUUGUAACUCAACAACAAUUUUUCAGUUAUCUGCAUAAGGUAAUGCAAGUUUGUGCGUGAUACAAAUAUGCUCUUUAUUUGAAUUUACUUUUGUUUUCUAGAUUUUUAGAUCUGUGAGCCUAUCAAAGUUUCAAUGAUUGUUCUUUUUGUGUUUCUUUUGUUUGACACCCAUGUAGCUGUGUAUGGGAGGAAGCUAUUGAUUGAAAUGUGUGAAAGCCUCAUUCAGUUAUGUGUGUGUUUAAACUUUGUAGUCAUUGGUUUUCUGUACAUAAUGU